CAGAGAGAACACAAUCUCUCCCACUCUUCUAAACAUCUAGAGUCAAGACGAUUAAACCUCAGCCGUCCGAUCAUGCCGAUCAGAAACAUCGCCGUUGGCCGUCCAGAUGAGGCAACCCGUCCCGACGCCUUAAAGGCGGCGUUGGCUGAGUUCAUUUCAACUUUGAUCUUUGUCGUCGCCGGUUCAGGCUCUGGCAUGGCCUUCAACAAGCUCACUGAAAACGGAGCCACCACUCCUUCUGGUCUUGUAGCUGCUGCACUGGCUCAUGCCUUUGGACUUUUCGUAGCUGUCUCCGUUGGUGCUAACAUCUCCGGUGGACACGUUAACCCUGCCGUCACUUUCGGUGCUUUCGUUGGUGGUAACAUCACUCUCCUCCGUGGUAUCCUUUACUGGAUCGCUCAGCUCCUCGGCUCAGUCGUCGCUUGUCUCAUCCUCAAAUUCGCCACCGGCGGCUUGGCUGUGCCAGCUUUUGGUCUCUCUGCCGGAGUAGGAGUGUUGAACGCUUUCGUUUUCGAGAUCGUGAUGACGUUCGGGCUUGUCUACACCGUCUACGCCACAGCCAUUGACCCCAAAAACGGGAGUCUUGGAACAAUCGCUCCAAUCGCAAUCGGUUUCAUAGUUGGAGCCAACAUCUUGGCUGGAGGAGCAUUCUCCGGAGCCUCCAUGAACCCCGCCGUGGCUUUCGGACCAGCGGUGGUGAGCUGGACGUGGACCAACCACUGGGUCUACUGGGCCGGACCUCUCGUCGGCGGUGGAAUCGCCGGACUCAUCUACGAGAUUUUCUUCAUCAACACUACCCACGAACAGCUCCCAACCACCGACUACUGAAUUAAUCUCUCUUUUUCUCUCUUGUGUAAUUUUAUUCGUCUUUGAAUUUUUAAUGUUCUUGUUUUUUCUCUGUUUGUGUAAUUUCGAAUCAUCAAGGGGUUUAUGAACGUUGGAUCUUCUAGAUGAAUCCUUGUCCGUUGAUUUCAAGAGUGGUAAUUGCAACUACUAUAAUGUGAAUUAUGUAUCUAUCUCAUCUUAAGUUUUCAAGUGUCGAAGUUUUCUU